UGACAAGCACGCUCGGGAACCCUGUCAACCACGAAUUUCCUGCUGACUGCGCCAUCGCCAACUCUCCCACCUCUGCUCAGCAGCGUCAGAUGCGACCUGAUGGCACCCGGCUCUCCAAGUUUCCUCGACCGACUCUCACCGAGCCGACAAAAGUCUCCCAUCCUACCACUCCACACGUCCCGACCGAAAUCUUCAGACGACUACGAUCUCGAUGAUUUAUCCCCCCGGCCCGAUGUGUCGCUGCUGUCAGAGUCGCCGCCGUUACCUAUAAAGAUGUCGAAAGGGCGCUCUCCUUCUCCCGUAGAUCCAUGGGACGAUGACCCUUUUGGCCCGGCGGGCUCUGUCUCCAAGUUGAAACCCAAGGCCAUGUUCGUCGGCCCGCCACCGCCCAUAGCUGCCUCGGUGGUAUUACAGCCUUCCACGACGCCGGGCAGGCGGGGAUCUCGGGGACACAUGCAAAAGAGUGAGGCCAAGGGCAUGUCGUCCAGCCGCUUAGCGUUCGGAAGCAUCCUGUUCGACCAUAGCUCGCGCGACUCAAGCAAGUCCCGCGUCGACUCUGUUUGGCGGAAUCUGCAACAUCGUGAACGAGCUCUACACAGAGAGGUGCAGCGAUUACUCGAUAUACAAGCCACAAGGCUCGGAUCCGGCGCCGAAUCUCUUGAUGCUAGCACUGUAGGGGCCGAGACGUGGAGCGAUUCCGGGAGUAGCACGCCAACGGGAACAUUCUAUUCCACAGCGACGUCCAAGUCACGCAUGAUGGCGUCUUUAGACCAUCCCGUACGCGCGACUCCUCGCGGCGACAUAAUACCUGUUCGACAGCCCAAUGUCCAGGGGCAGCAGGGCCUUCGUUCGGCGCGGAGCGGGCUGCGACAUGCGUUGGCAGCCCUUACCGGUCUCAAGACGGAAGAAAAUGCAUACAUUGAGUCGGCCCUCUCGCAGCGAAGGAAAGCUCUAGCCUAUCUAGGCAAAUUAGACAAGCGCAGGGUCAGCAUCUCUGCGGAAUUGCAUAGCUUAGCUGAUGAUGAUGAGGAGCCUCUGGCAAAGGAGCUGCGAAACCUGGGAGAGCAGCAUGAUACGUUAGGGCAGGAGAUCCGCGAGCUCGAGGAGAAGCUGGUUGGGAUGAGAAACCGCCACCGAUGGCUCGAGCGAAAGAUGGAGGACGUUCACAACCGCCGAGAGGCUGGCUUGAGUGGCUACAGAGGGGCUUUGAAGGAAGUUGAAGGAGAGGUCACAGCCCUGCUACGCCGGCCCCCCAUCGAACCCCUGGAUCUUGACGUUGUCGAAGCUGUAUCACGGAACGACUCUGGGACCGGAAACGAUAUCCAAGAGUUGCCUGGCGGGGCUGAGUUCUUCCGCAUGAUACCCGCGCGACGCACGCUGAGCAUGGCCAAGGACUGGUGGGAAAGUGAAAUGGACUUUCUACAGAAGCGAAAGGCGCAGGUAGAUAAGGAUCGCGAUGCGCUAGACCAAGGCACAGAGCUGUGGCAGGAAACGGUCAAACUCGUCACGACUUUUGAAGCAGACCUGCGUCAGUCUCUAAGCGGCGGUGCUUCCUCAGCCAAGGGCAAACAGACCCCACGUGCGCAACAAGAAGGCGUCGAGGCUCUCUUGCCACGGAUGGCCAAAGUCAUCUUGGAGCUUGAAGCAAACAUGAGGACGGCCGAACACAACACCUGGAAUCUCCUCAUCUGCGCCGUUGGCGCUGAACUAGAAGCAUUUAGAGAUGCCGAGACACUCCUUCGUGGAAGUCUACCAAAGCCCCAGACAGCGGUGGCAAAAGUUGACGAUAUCGAGGAACCCUGGCACAACGGCGAUGGCCACGAGGAGCAACAGGUCAGUGCGGCCACGGCUACGGCAGAGGUUCAUCAUGGAGAAAGUGACAACGAGGUUCCGCCCGACUUGCUGGUGUCACAUCUUGAAGAGCAUGACGACGACCAUUCCCAUGUCGGGUCCACACGAACUUCGUCUUCGAGGCGUGACAGCGAUAAUGAGGUUCCUCCGGAGUUCCUUGCCGAGCACAGUAAUGAUGAGGGCAUCGACUAAUACGAAGGUCCCUGAGCCCAUAACGUUCGUAGCGUUCGUAGCGAGUUCAAGUCAGGUACGCUAUUUGUUAAGAGCACCAGGUGCUGUUGAACAUGCAUCUUGUCAUGCAUGGGUACUGUAGUUUUUGGUAUUUGAACAAUGGUGGAGAGUUGGACUGGGUACGAAGUACAG